CUGAGAAGCUACCUUAGCGUUAGCAGCAUGAUGAUGAUGUCAUCUCUCUGCAGGUGAACGAGUCGGUGCUCCGCCCCUCCUCCAUGGAGACGCUGCAGGACCUCCAGCUGGCCGAGGAGCUGAUCAAACAGGAGAUGAUCACCAUGCUGCACUUCGACUGCCUGCACCACCCGUCAAUCAACAGGGACAGCCAAUCACAGCGCGGGAAAACCAGAGGUCCCGCCUCCACCUCCAACAACGCCUCGCACAUCGGACACCUGGAGACACACCCCUACAAACCCGUCCCCACAGAGGACAUGGAGCUGGCCAAGGCGGUGCUGGCAGCAGAGAUGGAGGUGGUGAAGGGGGGGAUGGGUCACGGAGAUCUGAGCAUGGAGGCCUACAGCCAGGUGUGGGAGGAGUGCUACGGACAGGUCUUAUAUCUCCCCGCUCAGAACAGAUACACCCGAGCCAACCUGGCGUCAAAGAAAGACCGGAUUGAAAGCCUGGAGAAAAAACUGGAGGUGAGGAAGAAACGGAGAAAAGCUGGAGACGCUUAAACUUUUUAAAA